AUGGAUUAUAUGAUGCAGAGUCCAUAUAACGGAUCAGAAUCCCAACAGCUACUCGGCCUUUACAGAGAUCCCUCACCAGCCAUUUCUACCAACACGACACCGCACACCUCCUAUUAUCCGAAGUCUUACUUCUUCUCCACCACCACCUUCAUCAACAACAACGACAACCCCGCUUAUCUUGGUACCUCCACACCGGGGGAAGCUCCUUUGAGAUGGCGCCCCUACACAAUGCACUGGGCCUAUCUGCUCGCACAUGUGCUCCUCAAUGGCACUGUCUGCGUCAGUCUCUUUCUGGCAUUACGUUAUUCAACCGCGAAUAACGGCUUUUCGGAGACUGAGUUCCCAAUAAACUCGGCGAAAGGGGUACUGGUGUUUCAAAUUAUCCCAGCCGUAAUCGCUAUAGGCUUUCAAUCAGCUUGGCUCAACAUUGAUAUUGACUUCAAACGACUUAUGCCCUUUCUCAAUUUAGCCAAUCCCUCCCCAGCGCGCAGACGAUGCAUUGGGAGGAAGAGUGGUGUUCCAGGUUCAAGGGGAAAUGAUUCGCUGUUGCUAAACUACUUCCCGUACACACGUUGGACUGCCGACUUUCGAAGCCCUUUCCGUGGACAUUGGGUGGUCGCGACAACCUUUUGGACAAGCUUUCUCACUCUCACCUUAGUGGGCUACCAUGCGGUUCUAUUCACCCCACAAGAAUUUCUAGUAUCCCAUCCACUGAAUACGACAUCUGGUCUGCAAUUCAGGCGUCUUUCGAAUUGGCGAUCGCUUAUAGAGGAUGUCUACAUGUCUGGCCUUGGCAAAGAACUGGCUGCAAACGAUCUUCGCUUGUGGUUGGACCCUUCAGUCGACGUCAUGCAAUCAUUGAGGGCAUGGAAGCGUACCUUCUGGAGCGCGGUGCCAUUUAUGCUCAUUGAUGAUGUGAACGGUACUUCUGCUCUGCUCCCCCCGAAAGACGCGAUAUGGCAAGCUGAAACUGCGGUUUUCUACGCCUCUUUAGACUGCCAACCAGCUGACGUGCAGUUUACGGCCUCAACCCAGAAUUUAAACGUCACUUUCCAAGAUGCCAUGGGAUGCGCAGCGCAGCAUUCAUACCCAUUGCCUUCAGCGGGCCAAUAUCUCUCAUUCUGGGAUGUUUCUCAAAGCUACGAGAUUCCAGCAUGUAUUGACACGCAGCUCUUGGCUUGGGGGAAGGCCAUGCCUACCUCGGAGGUUAUAUGGACUGGUCUCAGCUGUAUCCCAAAGUACCGCAUGGCCAAUUUACAGGUAGCCGUUAAUGCCUACGGAGUUGUCUUCCUCUUGGAUCAAGAUGGGAACAUGACGCCGUAUUUAACAGAAUCUCUAUUCGACUCCGUCGCAACUGACUUCAUAUCCUCAAAUCUGACUGCAUUGGUGAAGUCGGUCUUUUUCGACACUGGCCUGGCGUCACUCAGUAGCUAUCCCGCCUCACAGGUUCCAUUUUUUGCAGGUCUUCCGCAAUCAAGCUUGAUGGUAGAUGAAGACGCCCUCCUACGACCGAAAAACCUGACCCUCACCGUUCAACGUACCUUUUCUCACGUUCUCUCACGCUUAUUCACGACUUCGCUUUUUGCUGCCAGUACGGCAUCCGAACCCGAGACCUUCGUCACAAUGGAUGGGAUUCGAUUCAGCUACAUUAACCGCUAUGGUAUUCAGCCCACAGCUGUUAUCUUCCUCUGGUUCAAUUAUGCCGUGAUGGCUUGCUCAGCACUUGGCCUUGCUAUCACGGUUGCAUUCAUGAAGAAAUACCGAAUGACCGGACUCAAAUUUGAUGUUACCAAGGCUGGUAUAGCCGGGUUGAUGUUGCUUUUCCAUCGAAGCAGGCAAGUUUUGGAGCAAGAUUUCAAAGAUCUAGACCAGUCCUUGCGGAGGUCUGACCUCAAGAAAAGAUUGGGUGAGAAGAUAUAUCGUCUGGGGUAUUGGAGGGAUGGCCAAGGAGUAUACUGGGGCAUAUCUAGAGAAAGUGACGGACCGACUAACCAAGAGCAAAGUCUAAUCCCAAGGAUUGCACCCGAAGACCUGCCUUCAUUCCGGUACCGAAGUGGGAAAUCGGACGUGCACAUAGUCUACGUGGCCGUGAUGGUGCUACUUAUGUCGGCACUUGCAGGCUCAUGCCUAUGGUUGGCAAUCAGCUCUUCGAGAAAUGGUCUUGAUCCCACAUUCGGCACAAUGUCCCUCACAUGGGCCAUUAUUGUUUGGCGUUUGGUUCCAGUCUUGCUCACUAGCUAUUGCUUCUGGUGGUGGAAAAACGUGGACAUGUAUUGCCGGGCCACCCAACCUUUUGGUGGGCUGAAUAAACCUCACUCCGCAGAUGAAAACAUCUGCCUCGACUAUCGUACAGACAUGGCUCUGCUCCUUCCAUGGAGGGCAGCUUCGAACAAACAUAGCAAGCUUUGUCUCGUUGCCACCGGGUCGCUGUUAUCUGGAAUCAUGUUGGCUGUUGCGCCAAUGCUGAUUGUCUUUCGGGAUGUCACGAAGACUACCACCAUGCUGUUUGACCAGCCUAUCAACUGGAAAGACGCCAGUUAUACUACGCCAGCGUUGGAGCCCUAUAUCUACCAAACAGCGAACCUACUGCUCGGAUCAGAUGCUAUCGCUUCAUGGACAGAUGGUACAAGCUUAUACCUUCCUGUCGCUGUGGACAAUAGCACAAACAUCACUGGCAAUUCGUCAAUAGCCAUGUCGGGGACUUGGACUUUUGAUACACAGCGUGUGAUGGCUAACCUCUCCAACUGUGUCAACCUCCAGGUCGGCCUUGAUCUGUCAGUUGACGUUAGAGAUGUACAAUUUGAUGGCCAGGAGGGAAGAAUAUUCAAUGCCAUGAAUCUUGAGAGUAGCGACUGCACUGCGGGAACGAACAUCAAUUCUGUCUGUGGGAGGUCUUCAAGCAACUCAACUACUCGGAGCGAACACCCGGAAGAGGUCUGUGGUUCAUGGUCUCUCCUCUCAGCGACAGGAUCUUGUCAACACGAAGGCAAAUGGUGGAUAUAUCGGAUAUCGGGCGAACGCCUUGGAUAUGAUGCCGCUGGGCAAACCGUCUUCUCGGCGAGAAACACACCAGUCGUGACGUCGCUGCUCUGCGACACGUCCAUCUGGCUGUCAGAGGUCACCCUGGUAGACUUCGACCCGAACAGGCCCACCAUAGACCCUACCACUGUUGUCGUCAAAUCCAGCGAACCUUUCGACAAGCGCACAUCCAACUCUACCUUCGGUCAUCUCUUUAACUCUCUUCUCAAUCAAACUCUAGCAGAAAUCAGCUCCAACACCUCCACCGCCUCCACCUCCUCCCUCAUGACGGUCCUCACCCUUGCCGCGCUCCCCAAUGCAAACCUUCUCAGCACACCCCUCGGCUUCGCGGCCGCCUCCUCUCGCGCCUUCUCCACUCUCUUCACGCUAUAUGCGCUCAAUGCCUUGACUUUAUAUCCCCCGUCACCUACCCACACCCUCUCCUUCCCUGGCACAAUCCAUUGGGCACAAACCCGCGUUUUCGUGCGCGUGUCUACCUUCAGCAUCUACCUUUUUUGCCUUCUCUUUCUGCUCCUCACGUACGCCACCAUCUGGUCCACGCUGCGUGAUUGGCGGCUGCCACGUUGGAUCGACACAAUGGCGGACACGGUGUCGUACUUCUACCGCAGCGGGUCGGGCAUCUUGGACCACGACUUCCAGGGCAUGCAGGAUGUGCAGGAUGCCAGGGAGCUGGAGCGGCGGCUGCUGGCUAAAGGAAGGAGGUAUGUUUUGGGCGAGGGGAUUGGGCGGGACGGGGUUUCGUAUGUGGGAAUCGGGGACGAAAGGGAGGUAAGGACUAUCCCGAGAAGGAGGCGGCGGCCUUGGUUGGUCAACAAUAAUGCUGAGCGCCCAAGAUGGGAGAGAAUUCCCUCUGGUCCGUAG